UAAAUUAAUACUUGUCGACGACGACGAAUAAAGUUCUUCGCUAUCUCCGCACGCUGCCUCUCCCUUUCCGUCACCCAACCCUAAUUUCCCCACCUCUUCGAUCCGACCCUGUCGUGGAGAUCUACUGAUCCAUAGAGGUAGCCCUCGAUUCUCUCCUCGCCGAGCCGGUUUUCGAUCUCGGUCGUGCGUGUUCGUCUCUAGUUUCCACGAUGGUGGUUGGCGACAACGGCUCCUCCCCCGGCGAGGAACAAAUCCUGAACUCGGAUCCGAAGGCUGUUUCUGAUGCGUCACAAGGGAGCCCGGAAUCGUCGGCCGCUGCGGCGGCGGAGGGCGGGAUCGAUAUGGAUUCUUUCGCCCGCAGGAUCCAGCAGGCGCUAUCCAUGGGCAGCAACCAGCAUCGCUUCUGGGAGACGCAACCGGUGGGACAAUUCAAGGACGCCGGCGACACCAGCCUCUCGGAAGGCCCCAUCGAGCAGCCGACGCUGGUUUCCGCCGUUAAGCAGGAGCCUUACAACCUCCCCGCUUUGUAUGAGUGGACCACCUGCGAUAUGGACGACGACCACACCUGCACCGAUGUCUUCACUCUCCUGAGCAACAACUACGUCGAGGACGACGAGAACAUGUUCCGCUUCAAUUACUCCAAAGAGUUCCUCCAGUGGGCGCUCCGCCCGCCAGGUUACUUCAAGGCCUGGCACAUUGGCGUCCGCGUGAAGGCCUCCAAGAAGCUCGUCGCUUUCAUCACCGGUGUACCUGCCAGGAUCCGUGUGCGAGAUGAGGUUGUCCGGAUGGCCGAGGUCAACUUCCUGUGUGUCCACAAGAAGCUGAGGUCGAAGCGGCUUGCACCUGUGAUGAUCAAGGAGGUCACUAGGCGGGUUCAUCUGGAGAACAUCUGGCAAGCAGCCUAUACAGCUGGGGUAGUCCUGCCGACUCCCAUCACGACCUGCCGCUACUGGCAUCGCUCGCUGAAUCCCAAAAAGCUGAUCGAUGUUGGUUUCUCUCGCCUUGGAGCUCGUAUGACUAUGAGCAGAACGAUCAGGCUUUACAAGCUUCCUGAGGCAACUGUGAUCCCAGGAUUCAGGAAGAUGGAGCUUCGUGAUGUUCCCGCGGUCACCCGGCUGCUGAGAGGAUACUUGAGUCAAUUCGUUGUCGCACCUGAUUUAGAUGACAAUGAUGUGGAGCAUUGGCUUCUUCCUAUGGAGAAUGUGAUCGACAGUUAUGUGGUCGAGAGCCCUGAGACCCAUGAAGUCACAGAUUUCUGUAGCUUUUAUACACUUCCUUCUUCGAUUCUAAAUAACCAGAAUUACUCAGUGUUGAAAGCUGCCUACUCUUACUAUAACGUGGCCACAAAAUCCUCACUACUCCAGCUGAUGAAUGAUGCACUGAUUGUGGCAAAGCAGAAGGAUUAUGAUGUAUUCAAUGCUCUUGAUGUCAUGCACAAUGAGACCUUUCUGAAGGAGCUGAAGUUUGGGCCUGGUGAUGGGCAACUUCAUUACUAUUUAUACAACUAUAGAAUUAGAAAUGCUUUGGCACCUUCAGAACUUGGGCUUGUUCUUCUGUAGUUUCCGAUAAGCAUGUUGGAAGUCUGGCAGGUAAUCGCCGUUUCAUUUUUGUCUAUCUUUACUCGGGUUCUAUUUGCUGUAUUGCCUGAUCAUUUGCUAGUUUGGCUCUUGUCUAUGUUUGCAUUGACAAUCAGUGAUGUCAUUUGAACCUGAUUAUAUGUUUUUCUAAUCCUUCUUUUGUGUCA